AACUGAUAUUUGUUACACGAUGGUUCUAGUCGAGGGGGAUUCACAGUAGGACCCAAACAGUGAAGGGUGGCGUGCCGGCAACGUUCGUAGAAAUGAGAAAAGUUGAAUUGAAAUCACUCCAGACUUCAUCGCCCUACCAAUCUCACAUUUAAAAAACAAAACAAGUCAUUGAACAACUACAAUGGACGGUCUGCAGAGGAGAGUGAUUCAGGAAGACAUGGUUCAGUACCAGCUCUUCUUGAUCCAGACAGACAGCUCAACUUCACAGCAGACUGAGGAACAGCUCACACAUCUAGUGGAGGAGAUUUUGGCAAAGGUUGCCUCGCUCCUGAUACAAUACAUCUGGCAGCAUCAGCCAUUCAACCUCAAGUAUCAUCCUGAGAAAGGUGGUGUACCUGCUCACAUUGGAGGUAGCACUCAGUUUGGGGACAAUGUGGAGGACGAGUGGUUUGUUGUUUAUCUCUUGCAGCAAAUCACAGAGGCCUUCCCAGAGCUCAUAGCCAGAGUUGAGGACAACGAUGGCGAGUUUCUUCUGAUCGAAGCGGCAGAUUAUCUUCCCAAGUGGCUGAAUCCAGACACCAGUGAAAACAGGGUCUUCUUCUAUAGGGGAGAGUUGCAUAUUCUGCCCUGUCCCUCCAAAUCCAGUCCAGUGGGGGUCUCAAAAGAUGUGGUACCAAGUGUGGCACAAGUUACAGCACUGCUCUCCACCCACCCGGGGGCCUGUCAGGCAAGCUCCAAGAUCCGUGCAGCCCUGAAGAAGCGAUUAGAGGGGUACCCAGAGAAGAUUAAAGAUGGCCUCCAUCGUGCCCACUGCUUCAUACCUUCAGGUAUCGCCAUGGUGUUAGCACAACGACCAGACCUGGUGGCCCCUGCAGUGUCUGCGUUCUACCUGCGGGAUCCAGUAGAUCUGCAGGCGUGUCGAAGUUUCAAGACCUUCCCUCCUGACACAAGAGUCCUCACCUCGGUGACAUUCACCCGAUGCCUGUACGCCCAGCUGCAGCAGCAACAGUUCACUCCAGACAGGAGGAGCGGCUUCGCCCUGCCUCCUCACUCUGAUCCUCAGUACAAAUCCCAUGAGCUCGGCAUGAAACUGGCCCAUGGCUUUGAGAUCCUGUGCUCCAAGUGCAGGCUGCCAUCAUCAGAGCCCGAUGCCCCCGUCAGUUGUAACCCUCAGUGGAAAGGCUUCUUGGACAGUCUGAAAAGUAGCGGCUACUUCCGGGAAGAACUGGAAGGUUCGGCUCAUUACAAAGAACUGACGAGAUCUGCGGAAAACUUCUUCAAACAGUCUGUCGCCUCAAAAUCAAGUGCUUUGUCCCCUGGUGAGGAGGUUCUCCAGCUGCUGCACAGCUGCAGUACGUUCAGCGUGGAGGAGCUGAAGAAACAAGAGUCACAGCUCCCCCAAGAGGACAGCGACAGCUGGCUGGAUAUCACAGCUCAGGAUUUGGAGCGUAUGUUGCAGGAGAGGAGUGGAGGGAGAGCUGAUGUUGGCGGCCAAAGCUCCAGUUCUACCAAACCGGGGACGCAGCAUGUCGGGGGUGCAGAGGAGAGGAGAAAGGAGACGGAAGAUGACAAGAAGUUAGAGGAGGCCGGUUACAGCCUGGUAGCAGUCAGUCAAGGGAUGAAGAACUUCCUCAACGCCAUGUCGUCGCAUGAGGGUGCUGAACUGCCCUGGACCAGUUCAACUCAGCCUUUUAGUUUUGAGCCUGACUCCAUGGCCAACGCACUGGACAGACUGCUGGGAAGUAAAGAAGAAGAGCUAGAUUCAGAUGAUCUAGAUGAUGAAGACGACGACGAUGAUGAUGAUGAUGAUGAUGAAGAAGAAGAGGGUGAUGAGGAGAAAGAAGGUCACACAGAGAUGAACGGGACAGAAACUAUGGACGGUCUCAGAAAAUACAUGGAUCAAAUGGAUCAGGAGCUGUUGGGCACUAAUAUAGGACAAAGCUUCAAUAUGACGAAUUACAACAAGGCAGGCUUGAACAAUGGCUCCCCUCAUUCCUCUGCUUCUCCCCAUGGAGACGAGAGGGAUGAGUCAGAGGAGGAGAUCCAGCCUCUGGAUGUGGACCUGAAUCUGGUCACAAACCUGCUGGAGUCCCUCAGCUGCCAGUCGGGGCUGGCCGGACCGGCUUCUAACCUGCUGCAGAGUCUGGGGCUACACAUACCGCCCAACUCUGACCCCUCAUAAAGGACAAGAAGCAGACUGGGGUACUGAAACACGCAGCAAGGACUAGCAUCAGCAGUGGACGAGGCGUGGCUUAGAGUUGUUAGCUGAAUGCCUCCAUUCACGUUGACGACACAAAAGCAAUCAUGGAAGUUGAAGAUGUCCUGUUAGAACUUUUAUUGAGAACAAACAUGGUUUACAUUCAAUGUUUCUCACUGGAAUGUAUUCUCUGCACUGUAAUACUGCAUUGUUUAGCAAUGAAAAACAAGUUGGGUACAUUUCCUACAUCAUAAAACAAAAGCAAAAUCUUUUUGAAUUUGUUUAAACCUACAUUGUUUGUAGUUUA